AUCUCUUUCUUUCUCUUAAUUGGGAUGCUUGUACCCACAAGUUCUUCUGUGCCAAGUUAUAAGAUCUCAGUUCCAUUUAAUAGAAGCAAUUUUCCAUCAGAUUUCAUCUUUGGAGCUGCCUCUGCUUCUUAUCAGUAUGAAGGAGCAGCAAAUGAAGAUGGUAAAGGUCCUAGUAUCUGGGAUACCUUUACCCACAAUCAUCCUGAAAGGAUAGCAGACCGUAGCAACGGUGACGUAGCCCUUGAUUUUUACCAUCGCUACAAGGAUGACAUAAAGCUGAUGAAAUUUGAAGGGUUAAAUGGUUUCAGAUUUUCCAUCUCCUGGUCAAGAGUUUUACCAUAUGGGAAGCCUUGUAGAGGAGUAAACAAAGAGGGCAUUGCCUUCUAUAACAACCUUAUCAAUGAGCUCCUAGCUAAAGGUAUACAACCUAUGGUUACCCUAUUCCAUUGGGAUCUACCUCAAGUUCUUGAAGAUGAGUAUCUUGGCUUUCUAAACCCUCAAAUUAUCUAUGAUUUUCGAGAUUAUGUGGAGUUGUGCUUUAAAGAAUUUGGUGAUAGAGUAAAACUUUGGACAACAAUAAAUGAGCCAAGUGGUUAUGCCCUUACUGGUUAUGACUUAGGCAUUUUCCCCCCUUUGAGAUGCUCCAUUGGUUGUAUUGCUGGAAACUCUGCCACUGAGCCUUACAUAGUUGCCCAUCACUUGCUUCUUGCUCAUGCACAAGCAGCUAAGUUAUACAGAGUGAAAUAUCAG